AAACAAAUGCUACAUCCUGGAAGAAGAAGUGCUAUAAGUAUAUCCGAACUUGGACUUUAUUUCGAUCGUAGCGAUCGAUAUCGCAGAAAUCGAUACAAUUCAAUUGUGAGGAAAUUUGUCAUCGGAAUAAUGGUGCUUAUAACGGUGAUACUGGUGGCGGUAUUCCUAUACGACUUUACUUCCGCGACAUCGUCUAAUAAGAUAAAUCAAGAAACGAAGCAUAUAUAUGUACUUCAAAAUGCAUUGAGAAAAACACCGAGUGUAUCGAAAAAAACAAUCGAUUCUAAAACAUCUUUUGAGACAACGAUAAAUCCAAUAGAAAAUCAUUCCUACGACGAUAAGAUAGAAGAAAAAUUAAUACGUCAAAAUGAGACAUCCGAUCAAAUUACUGACGAAGCUUCUGUGGAACAAUUGAUCGAAGCAGAAUCGAGAUCACAGAAUCCGAGUAAUUUCAAAUUACGAAAGAGAUUGUUAAAAUCUAUCGACGAUUGUAAUGACGAGGAAGAUAGUCCAGAGAAUAAACAGUUGUUCGACAAUCAUGCAAUGUUUUAUAGGGUAAAACAAAGAUACAAACAUCUAAAGUCGGAGGAAGAAGAUAAUUUGGAAGAUAGAAGGCCGGCACCAUUUCAUUGGGAAUACAGGACUCCACAUCCUAGUUCAUUCAAACGUACGAAAUUUCCCCAAUUAACGCAGUACCGAUAUCCUCACACAUCGAGAAACAUACAAGAUAUCAUAAAGUAUCUAACGAAUGACGCAGAAAUGCCUAGUAGAGGUAUCAAGUUCACCGGGGUUUACGUAAAUCCUAAAAAAUACGAUGUUUAUCCAGAAAUGGCUGAUACUACUUUAAACGCUGAUAGAUCCGAAGAGAUUGAUGAUACUUAUUACCCUAUGAAUUACAAUGGAGAUCCAUUUUAUCAGUACAAACCUAAACACCCAUCCGACGUUAAUCUUUUAGCUACUUCUAACGUUAGAUUUUCACCAGCCGGUAUCAACAGAUACAAUCCAUACUAUGAUCCAUAUUUUUUACGACCAACUUUUAACAAACCAUCGCCGACAGAAGAAUCGCAAUUGCAAAAUUCAUACAUAUCUAGCUCUUAUCAAAAGAGAAAAAAACCUCAGCCGUUUAGCGUGAUGUUGGAUAUAUAUCCGAUCACCGAUAUAGUAGAACAGAAUAAAAAAAAUGGGAAACCAAAGCAGCAAAUAUCUUUGGAGGAUUACGAGACUAGAAGGCCGAUUCAAUUUAAUAGAAAUCCGAAAUUUUAUUCGUCCAACCCUCAACCUAUUCCUAUAGUUGCUAUACCUAAUCAGCAGGCUUUAACAGACGAAGAAGAAAGACAGCAGAUGAUAUUUCAUUUGAAUCUUUAUCCCAGACGAAAAAAUAAACUCAGUAGACACGAACUGAUUCAUAGAUCGGAGAUUAUGGAACCCGAGGAACAUGAACAGAUCAUCGAAAAGAUAAUGACUCCGUUAGAAUCAAUCGCCAAACAUAUUACCGAUCAUUCGUCCAUUGAAAAUUCUAAACAAGAUGAGAACGAAGAAGAUGAAGUAACAGCUCUACCUAUCACUCAUCUACAAGAGAAAGUUUUGAUGAUCAAGGACGAAAAGUAUGUGAACGAAACGACCGAUCGGACCGAACUGUACGAAGGCUCGAUCAUCGUACCUUCUAAUCACAAAUCUAGCUUGGAGGAGGAUUAUGCUAGUACGGAGAAAUACGAGUACGAGGCACAAAAAGUUAUCCUCACGACGACAAUGACGACGACAACGACAACAGAUAGCGACUAUCACGAAAACACAACCAUAUUUGAGGAUAAUUCAACGACAGAGAAAAGCAAAAUCAUUGAUCUUUCUACGGAUGUCGAUACGCUAGAAGGAUUUGAACGUUUCGAUCGUGGCCUUACUCGUAUGAACUAA